CAAUCGAUGACUAGGACAGCUGCCCACGCCGACAACAAUUCUAUCGACUUUCAAGUCAAACUCCAGUCGCUGGACGAGAGCGUCUCAGUUCUCACUCUACGUAGUUGCCGAAGAAGACUCGGAUUACCAUGGGAAGGCUUAUCAAAAACCACUGGGCCCGCUUGAUAAUCCUCACGGCCGCAGCAUAUCAAAUAGGCAGUGCCAUCGAAGGUUUCAUCUGGCCAAAAGUGUUCUGGGAUUUCAUCACGAAGAACCUCGACGGCGCAGUAAAACCGGUCCCGGUGUUACAAAUUCUCAAUCUGCUUUUGGGAUUGCUCGGUCUCGCAUGGGAAUGGCCACUGAAAUACUUUGCCGGGACUUUACCGCACCGCAGUAUCGAAUUCCGCCUUAUCCUAUAUCCUCUUAGCGCUCUACUUUCUAUGCUCCUAUACCAGGGAACCGAUCCCGCCAUCUAUUACCUUGUUGGGAUAGGCGUAUACUUCUGGGCUUAUUCAGAAGGCGAGGUUGUCUGCCCGGUACCUUGGACCUUACCAAAACGAAAUUCCCUCAAAGUAUAACGAUGCGUGGCCAGCGCUUAAAUUACGACCUAAUGACUUGAAACGAUAUGAUUAAUGACUAUUUGGGUGACUAUCGGCGUUUA